CCGAGCCAAACACACCUGCGGAUGCGCUGGGAGCGGGUGGAGUGCGGUGCCGCGUAUCAGAGUCCAGCUAAACGGCUGCUGAGAGCCGCCGGCGUGCAGGCAGCAUGGAGAAGGCGCACAGCAAGACGGUGGAAGAAGUUCUUGCCUACUUCGGCGUGAAUGAGAACACAGGUCUGAGCCCCGAGCAAGUGAAGCAGAAUCAGGAGCGCUGGGGGCUUAACGAGCUGCCAGCGGAAGAAGGGAAGUCCCUGUGGGAAUUGGUGUUGGAGCAGUUUGAAGAGCUUCUGGUGCGGAUCCUGUUGCUGGCUGCCUGUGUCUCAUUUGUAUUGGCUUGGUUUGAGGAAGAGAAAACCAUCACUGCUUUCGUGGAACCUUUCGUGAUCCUUCUGAUCCUGAUUGUGAAUGCUCUGGUUGGUGUGUGGCAGGAAAGGAAUGCGGAAAAUGCCAUCGAGGCUCUCAAAGAGUACGAACCCGAGAUGGGCAAGGUGUACCGGAUGGACAGGAAGGCCGUGCAGCGAAUCAAAGCUCGAGACAUUGUGCCUGGAGACAUUGUGGAAAUUGCAGUUGGUGAUAAAGUCCCCGCUGACAUCAGGAUCAUCAGCAUCAAAUCCACAACACUGCGAGUGGACCAGUCAAUUCUCACAGGGGAAUCUGUCUCUGUCAUCAAGCACAAUGAUCCCGUGCCUGACCCACGGGCUGUAAACCAGGACAAGAAGAAUAUGUUGUUUUCGGGAACCAAUAUCGCGGCUGGGAAGGCGCUGGGUGUUGUGGUGGCCACAGGGGUCAACACGGAGAUUGGCAAGAUUCGCAACCAGAUGGCGUCCACCGGCUGUGAGAAGACUCCUCUCCAGCAGAAGCUUGAUGAGUUUGGCCAGCAGCUGUCCAAGGUGAUAUCUCUCAUCUGCGUGGCUGUGUGGGUCAUCAACAUUGGGCACUUCAACGACCCCGUCCACGGCGGGUCCUGGGUGCGUGGUGCCAUCUACUAUUUCAAGAUUGCAGUAGCCUUAGCAGUGGCUGCCAUUCCUGAGGGGCUGCCUGCUGUCAUCACUACCUGCCUGGCCCUGGGUACCCGACGCAUGGCCAAGAAGAAUGCCAUUGUCAGGAGCCUUCCUUCCGUGGAGACGCUGGGCUGCACAUCAAUCAUCUGCUCCGACAAGACUGGCACGCUCACCACCAAUCAGAUGUCUGUCUGCAAGAUGUUUAUUGUUGAGUCGGUGACGGGGUCGAACUGUAAUCUGCAUGAGUUCAACAUCACAGGAUCAACCUAUGCCCCGGAGGGAGACGUACUGAUGGGGGACAAACCCAUUCAAACCAGUCAGUACGCUGGACUUGUUGAGCUGGCCACCAUCUGUGCACUGUGCAAUGAUUCCUCCCUGGAUUACAAUGAAUCAAAGGGUAUUUACGAGAAGGUUGGAGAAGCCACGGAAACAGCUCUGGUUUGCCUAGUGGAAAAGAUGAAUGUUUUCAACACCAAUCUCAAUGACAUCACUAAAGUAGAAAAAGCUACCUAUUGUAACAACACCAUCAAACAGCUGAUGAAGAAAGAUGUAACACUCGAAUUCUCCCGUGAUCGCAAGUCCAUGUCUGUUUACUGCUCUCCUGUCAAGCCCACAGAUGGAUCUGGUAACAAGAUGUUUGUUAAGGGGGCUCCUGAAGGAGUGAUUGAACGUUGCAAUUACGUCCGUUUCGGCACCACCAAGGUACCCCUGACCCCUCGAGUAAAGGAGAAGAUCCUGAGUGUGAUCAAGGAGUGGGGAACAGGACGGGACACCCUCCGCUGCCUGGCUCUGGCCACACGGGACAGCCCACCCAGGAGAGAGGACAUGAACCUGGAAGAUGCCUCCAAGUUCAUUCAGUAUGAGACUGACCUCACCUUUGUUGGCUGUGUGGGCAUGUUGGACCCCCCAAGAAAGGAAGUGGUGGACUCCAUCCAGAUGUGUGAGAAGGCUGGUAUCCGAGUGAUCAUGAUCACAGGUGACAACAAGGGCACCGCCAUUGCCAUUUGCCGGCGGAUUGGAAUCUUCGGUGAGAAUGAGGAUGUGUCCGAGAAGGCGUACACCGGCCGCGAGUUUGAUGACCUCUCCCUGGAGGAUCAGCGGGAAGCCUGCCGCGCCACACGCUGCUUUGCCCGAGUCGAGCCCUCGCACAAGUCGAAGAUCAUCGAGUACCUCCAGUCCUUUGACGAGAUCACAGCCAUGACUGGAGAUGGUGUUAAUGACGCCCCUGCUCUAAAGAAGGCUGAAAUUGGGAUUGCAAUGGGCUCAGGAACCGCUGUGGCCAAGACGGCAUCAGAAAUGGUACUGUCAGAUGACAACUUCUCUACCAUAGUGUCAGCAGUUGAGGAGGGUCGAGCUAUUUACAACAACAUGAAGCAGUUUAUUCGCUACCUCAUCUCCUCCAACGUGGGCGAAGUGGUCUGCAUUUUCCUCACUGCCAUCCUGGGCUUGCCAGAAGCACUGAUCCCAGUCCAGCUGCUCUGGGUGAACUUGGUGACCGACGGCCUGCCCGCCACUGCCUUGGGCUUCAACCCUCCUGACCUGGACAUCAUGAGCAAGCCCCCCCGAAAUCCCAAGGAGUCGCUCAUCAGCGGCUGGCUCUUCUUCCGCUAUAUCGCCAUUGGAGUUUACGUUGGCCUUGCAACCGUCGGAGCAGCUACCUGGUGGUUCAUGUACGACGACAGCGGUCCACAGGUCACCUUCAACCAGCUGCGACAUUUCAUGCAGUGCACCGCAGAUCACCCCCUUUACCAAGACAUCGAGUGCUCCACCUUUGAGUCACGUAUCCCCACAACCAUGGCCCUGUCAGUGUUGGUGACCAUCGAGAUGUGCAAUGCGUUGAACAGCCUGUCUGAGAACCAGUCCUUACUGAGGAUGCCACCGUGGGUGAACGUCUGGCUGCUGGGGACAAUCUGUCUGUCCAUGUCUCUGCACUUCCUCAUCCUCUAUGUGGAACCAUUGCCUCUGAUCUUCCAAGUGACUGCUCUGACUUGGCCACAGUGGGUGGUGGUCCUGAAGAUCUCUCUGCCCGUCAUCUUACUGGACGAAUCACUCAAAUUUGUGUCCCGUAACUACAUAGAGGAAGAAGAAGACAGCAAGUACAGGAAGAACAGGCACCUGAAGUUCUAGGAGCUGGUCGGCAAUUCCCACUCCUGGAGAGUCAUACACGUGAUGUCUACAUACUCCAACACAUGUUUGUUCUCUGUCAAGAGUGUGUGGCCAAACAUCUUGUGUUUUCCAGUUGUAGAUUUCCCUGUAUACUCAAGUGCAAUAACUGGACACCUGGUUUCUGUUGGAAAUAUGAGUGUGUGUGUGACAGUAAAGUGUCAACUGGACAUGUAACAGGUCUUUAGUAUUUGGCAGUAUGAUGUGCUGACUUGUUUUGUGGUUCCUGCUGACUGUAUGCCUUCCUCCUCCUCCUACUAAUCAUCAAAACAUUGGAAUCUCCCCUUAAGCUUCCACAAAGAACAGAAUCCACAUGUUGAGAGGAAACACAAAAGGCUACGUGGCACUAGAUUGGCUUUGGUUUGUUGUUUGUCGAAAUUACAGAGCUGAAGGGGCAGAAAAUUCAGACACAACAAAUCUGCCUCUUCUUGACCGAGGCUGUCCUUCCUUGAGUGAAAGGUAACAAAAUACAAAAAUUAAAAAAUAUCGCAGGAGCUGGAAAUCCGAAUUGAAGCCGUUGCUGUGGAGCACGAGACAGGUCAUGAGAAUUGUAAAGGUCAGAAGGUUUGACAGGGUCAGCUGGAGUUGGAAUGUGCCCAGAUUUCAGCAUCAUUUGGAUAUUGAACAGUCCCUUGUUAGGCGAAUCUGUAAAAUGUAAUCACUCCUAUUAUGGAGGGUUGAAUCACCAUGACAGUAAAAACAAGUUCAGGAGCAUUUAAGAUGUUACCAUUUUCUAAUGUCGUGGAUAAUUUAAAGGAGUGUUUGUUCAGCACUUGUAUCCAUUAACGUAGAAUGAAUACAAGUGGGAUUUCCAUCUAACAUGCAAGAUGCUGUACACCCUUUCAUUACCAUAGAUAUAUGGAACCACAUCACAACAGAAGGAAGAGCAGUCAAGCUGACUGUAACGAUCUCCCCUUACUGAAUGGAUAUUUUUGUGGUGUCAAACUACUAUCUUGGUCCUCCCUCACUGUGAGUGGACUACUAGCCACACUAAACACCAAGUUACUACCAUAACAUGCCUCAGGAACUAACAAACAAAGAGUUUCUACAGCUCACUCUGCACAAUUCACAACUUCCAAUUGAGUAUGAGACACAAAUUUUGGCAACGAAUGUAAAAUCACAGUUUAUGUGUUCUAAAUGAGCCACAUACUGUUCACUAAACAUUCCCUCCCAAUUUCUGCCACACACUCACUCCCAGUUUGUUCCCAAGGGGCCAGGUGAAAAGUUCCAGUAGUUUGUUUACUGUUGACUGUGGGGAUGAGAGGCAGAUAAUUUCCUGGGAAGCCCAAAGAGACCACAGAAAGACGGGCACCUCUCCUCCAUUACCCACUUUGUGAUUUAUGGGGUAACAUCAGAAGCAUGCAUGGGCUGUUGUUAUUGUAAUGAAAAUUACCUGUAUUUAAAGGGGUUAAAAAUAUUCUUUGAAAUGUUACAAAUUAUGAUGAUUUGGGUGGGUUGACCAGAUAUUGUCCUCAGUCUGUUGAUUUUCUUUAGGCUUUAGCUCUUUGAGUAUAGUGUAGUAUGUAGAAUGUGCAUUUGGUGACUGCGGGAAGCUGAGGCUUGCUUUGCAGGAGGAAUAGGAACAGAGGUACAAUGGUCGAUAUUUUCAC